AUGGCUUCCAUGAAACUCCUUCUUCAUCUUCUCCAUCGCUACAUCUCUAUCGCAAUAACUCUCUUCAAGAGAUUCAUUUGGUGUGUAUUCGACAAUUUCGAUUACCCAAUCCUAAUCAAGCUCGCAGAUUCCUUCUUAUCUUUAUAUUUCCUAAUUCUCUGCGAUCUCCGACCAAUCACUGUCGAUUUAAACGACGGAGAAACCACCGUACAUUUCUGGAUAUCCGGCCACCGUAAAACCACCAGACCAAACCUCGUAAUGCUACACGGUUACGGAGGAAAUUCGAAAUGGCAAUUCAUCCACCAAGUCUCAGAUCUAUCGAAAUCGUUCAAUCUCAUAAUCCCAGAUCUGGUUUUCUUCGGGAAAUCUUACUCGAAUAACACAGACCGGACCGUCGAUUUUCAGGCGAGGAGCAUCGUCGGAGGUUUGAAGAAGCUAGGUUGUUGCGACGGAGACGACGGAGGAGGUUUGUCGGUUUACUCGAUCAGUUACGGUGGAUUUGUCGCGUAUCGAAUCGCGAAGAUUUGGCCUGAGAUGAUCGAUAAAUUGGUGAUUGUGAGUAGUGGAGUUGGGUUUACGCAGCAGCAGAAGAUGACGGAGAUGAAAAAACACGGCGGAGAUGUAUCGGAGAUUCUUGUACCGAGAAUUCCGAGAGAUCUCCGGUUAUUGGUUUCGGUUUCCAUGAAUACCGGUCUCUCGUUUCUUGAUUGGAUUCCAGAUUUCAUUCUCUCCCAAUUCAUCGCUGUGAUGUGUGAGACAAAUCGGCAAGAACUUCUAGAUCUGGCCAAAAAUUUACAGGAAAGAGAAGAAUCAGAGUUCUUUGCAAUAUCACAGAAAACGUUAAUCGUUUGGGGUGAUAAGGAUAAUGUAUUUCCCUUGGAGCAUGGACAUCGUCUACAAAGGCAUUUACCAAACUCGAGUUUAGAGAUAUUGAAGGAAAUUGGACACGGUGUGAACAUUGAAGCACCAACUACUCUUAACAAUUUGAUUAUAUCGUUUGUUUUAGGUGUUCCCUAA